CUGGUUUAGACGCCGCAUGGAGCGUCCGCGUCCACACGACCGAAGCGUCGAGGUGUGCUUCGUUGAGAGCGGAGUCGGUGGCGCGGGAAUUGGCCGCCGCCGUAUCCAAUUAUGGCAAGCACUCAUUGGCUAAAAUGCGAGAGCGAUGUUGAUCUAUGUGGCCAGUGAUUGGUCAAAAAGAAGUUUACGGUGCUCCAUGAGCGACGAGGUCGAGCUCGUGGCCACGUUCCCGGCGCCGCCGGCCUUCAUGAGCCUCUACGCGGAGGGGCCGGAGAUGGGGCCUCCUCCGCCGGCGCCGCUCAAGCCGACGUACCACUCCUUCGGCACGGCGUACGCCACCGAGGACGCGGUCCCGGACCUCCUCGGCGACCGCAAGCUCUACGCCACGGGCAGCAACGUCAAGACCGAGAUGAAGCGCAUGAACAAGUCGCUCAUCUUCACCUUUCUCGAGCUUGUCGAGGUGCUCAUUGCCAACCCCACCAAGUUCAACGAGAAGAUUGACGACAUUGAGCUGCUCUUUCUCAAUUUGCACAACCUCAUCAACGCGUAUCGACCACACCAGGCGCGCGAGACGCUCAUCGAGAUGCUCAAGCAGCAAAUCGACGAGCGCAAGGAAGCGGCGGCCGACAUUCGCCGGGUCAUUGAAGAGUCCAAGAUCGCGGUCCAAGCCGCGCACGCAGAGCUCGACUCGGACGCCAAGCUCCAAGACAUGGUCGACGCGCCCAUGUCGCCGGUCGAAGAGGCCGCCGACGUCACCAUGGACGACGACGACGCGCACGCAGCGCCCGCGAUCGACACCGAGAAACUGCGGCAAAACCAGCUUGAGCAAGACCGGUUCUUUGUGCUCUGCCAAAAAAUCAUCGAUAACAUGAACCCGUAAGGCUCCUCAACCAAUUGCUUUUCUUCCUUG